AUGGUCGACUCGAUUGCACAACAGACUGCGCUCAAAUCGCCUCCAUCGUCAGACAAGGGUGAUCUCGAUGACGCGGUCAAUGUCACCUCGCCUUACCACAUCUCCUCUACCCCUUACCAGGGUGAGAAUGCCAAAGCUGCAGCUCUCGCAGCCUCCGCUUCGGACAUCACCCCCCUCGAACGAAAGAAAGUGCUCCGCAAGAUCGACACCAUCCUCAUGCCGCUCAUGUGUGUUGCCGUCUUGCUUCAAUUUCUCGACAAGACUUCGCUCAACUACGCCUCGCUCCUAGGUAUCAAAAAAGAUACAAACCUCAAGGGUCAAGAAUACUCGUGGUUGGGAUCCUUCUUCUACGUUGGCUACCUGAUCGCUUCGCCUGUUCACGGUUUCUUUUUGCAAAAAGUCAACCUCACGCGCUACGUAGCAGCUUGCAUCGCGCUCUGGGCCAUCUCACUUGGCUCGCAUGCGGCAUGCAAAACCUAUGGCCAACUGUUGGCGGUUCGCUUCCUCCUCGGUUGGUUCGAAGCCGCUUUGACUCCGUCGUUCAUCUUGCUCACCGGACGCUUCUACACAAAGCAGGAACAGGUGACACGAACCUCGAUCUGGUUUGCCAAUAACGGUUGGGCUCAGAUCCUCGGAGGUGGUAUCUCGUAUGCUCUGCAGGUGCAAAAGCCUUCGCACCUCAAGGUGUGGCAGCAAAUGUUUCUAAUCCUGGGAGGCAUUGCGUUCAUCUUUGGCAUCAUAGUACUUCUCUUCAUGCCUGAUUCGCCAGCAACCAUCCGGUACCUCAACGAACGCGAACGUCAGGUUGCAGUGCACCGUAUCAAGGAAAACAAGUCGGGUAUUCACGACACAAAGUGGAAGUGGGAGCAGUUCUGGGAGGCAAUCCGCGACCCGAGGCUCUACAUGUUCUUCCUCGCCGUCUGCAGUGCCAACAUUGCCAACGGAGGUGUGUCGAAUUUCUCGAGCGCCAUCAUCUCGGCUUUUCACUACGACAACAAGACGACCGCGCUUCUCGGUAUGGCUCCUGGUGCCAUGGAAGUGGUCGCUGUUUACUUUGGCGCUUGGCUCUCUUACAAGACGCGCACGCGUGUGAUUCCAGGCGUACUCAUGUUCGCUUUCGCCAUCGUAGGUGGCUGCAUGAUGAUCGCCGUCCCUGCUGCUCACAAGGCUGUUCGCUUCACCGGAUUCGUCAUCGUCUACUGCUACCCGGUCGCCAGUCCUUUCUUGUACAGUUGGCUCAGUGGUAGUGUUUCCGGAACCACAAAGAGAAUCGUCUUCAAUGCAUGGCUUCAAGUCGGAUACUCGGUCGGUAACCUCAUCGGACCUCAAACGUACCGCGCCAAAGAUGCGCCCAACUAUGUGCCCGCGAAAAUCACUCUCGUAGCCAUGUUCGGCUUUGCAUCUCUUUGCUUGAUCGCCAUCGGCUCAACCCAUUAUCUGUGGAACAAGCAAAAUGGCACACUCGACGACAGUCCCGAGGGCGCAAAGGUCAUCGAAGAUCACGAAGACCUAACCGAUUUGACCGAUAAGCAGCGUUCAAAUUUCAGAUACCCUUACUAG